CGAAUAGAUUUAACAUUUCAGGGAAGCACUUGUCGGACAUCGGUUGGGAACGCUGUCCGGCAGUAUGUUAUCUGUUCAGUUGUAGAAUGCUAAGUUAGUCAUAUGUACAUUUUGUAACUUGUUUCCUGUUUGUAAUCUAAAUAUUCACGAAGACACCUUUAACUAUGGCCGAAGAUAUAGUAGAAAGUUACAGAUCGUCUCUUCAAGAUCUGACCUUCAACAGCAAACCGCUUAUCAACAUGCUGACGAUGCUGGCGGAAGAUCACGAGCAGUAUGCGCCACAGAUCGUUCAAGUUAUCGAACAACACAUUGAACAGGUGAAGUCUUCACACAAGCUGCCAACUAUGUAUCUGAUAGACUCUAUAAUCAAGAACCUGUCAUCUUCACUCUAUCCAAAGCAAUUAUCACAAAAUAUAUCCCAGACAUUUUGUGGGGUAUUUGAAGAGGUAGAUGAAAAGACGCGUCAGUCACUCUUCAAGCUGAGACAAACAUGGAAAGAUAUAUUCCCAAACAAGAGACUGUAUGCUAUCGAUGUACGUGUAAAUAUGAUGGAUCCUGCUUGGCCUAUCACAGCUCAAGCUCCAGAGCAAGGAAAUAUUCAUGUAAACCCAAAGUUUCUUGUGCAGAGUGCAGAGGAUAAGGCUCGAUUCUCUCCCCCUGCCCCUUCCCCUCCACCCAUGGAUGAUGCAGAAGAGUUGAUGAGGCAACAACUGCAAGCUAAGGAACAAGAAUUGCAGAAGCUUAAGCUAGAGCUAGAACUGGCUGAGACUAGGGCAAAGCUGGAGGAACAAAAGAAACAGCUGGAACAGAAGUAUGCUGAACAAAAGAAAGGUCAUGGAUCCAUUCCCAGCAUGCCCAUCCCUGAUCCAGUUCCUCCAAUUCCUACUAAGUCAGCAAACAGUGUCCCAAGAGAUCCUAGACUUGCCUCUAGAGAUCCAAGGAAAGCCAGACAGGUUCCGACUACAGCACCACCAUCCACUGGGGGUAACCUGGCUGUGUUGCAGAACACUAAUGUUGUUGCUGCUUUAAGCAAUGUGCUAAUGGGAAGUCAGCCAGCUGCAGGUGCCCCAGCUCCUAAUAUUGAUCCCAGUGUAGGCUCUGGAGCCAAAACACCACCACAAAAGCAGGACCCUAGGAAAGAAAAAUAUUCAAAAGAUGUCAAGAAAGAUUCAUCAUCAUCUAAAAAGCCAUCUCCUGAUAAGAAAGAAAAAACAGAACUGAGUGACUCUAAAAGGUCUGAGAAGAAAGAUACCACAUCAAAAUCACCAAAGAAAGAUUGUAGGAGCUCUAGAGAGAAAUUAAAAGAGCCCUCAAAAGACACCAAGAAAAAAUCACCAAAGCCUGACACAAGAGAAAAAUCCAAAGACAGAGAAACCAAAGGUUCUAGAAAGAGUAGGAGCAUCAGUCCAAGGAAAGACAGAGUUGUGGUUAAGGAUAAGGACAUUAAGAAUAAAGUAAGAGAACAAGAAGACCGAAGGUCCUCUGAUGAAGAAUAUGCUAGAUUCAAAAGACAGAACUUUCACAGAAAUGCAAAUGAAGAUCAAGAAGAGGAUCGAUUUGGACGCAUGACUCGAACAGGAAGAGGGUUCCGACAAAGAAACGGUGAAAAAGACAGACCACGACAUGAACCUGCACGAGGCAGGAGAGGGAGCAAAGAUGAAUUUGAAAGGUCUCCCAGAAGAUCAAGAUCACCUCAAAGAAGGGAAAAGGAUAGAAACCAGAAACCUCCCAAGAAAUUUGAAAUAAAGAAAGAAUCUGAUCACCAAAUGAAGACAUUGCCAGAUCUACCCUUGCCUCCAACUAUGCCAUUAGACCAGAUCUUACCUAAGGACUUUGAUGUGCGAACUCCCAAACUGAAUACACUUGGUGUGAAGAGAGAAGCUCCUGAAAUGGACGUUGAUGAAAGGUCAAUAGGUGCAAGGCCAACUGGCCCUCCUGAUUCUAAACGUCCUCGCACUGAUACAAGCCCUGGAGAGGUGGAAGGUUCAGAAAACCUUUUUGGAGGUGAAGAUAUUGACUACAGAUUUGCGGGAGCUCCAAUGAAGUCUCCUGUCCAUGAUGGGUGGAUGAAGUACAAGACUAGUCGGCCAGAUGAAUAUGCUGGAGAACUUGAGAGAAGGAAAUCAAGGGAGGAUGACCACAUGCUGGAUGUUGAUUUACGCAGAAUUAAAUCUCCAAAUAUUAAAAUGAGACCACCACCACUGCCACCAACAAAUCUAACUGCCAAUAUGUCCAUUCCAAUGGAACUCAAGUUGGACAAACAACAGGAAAUCCUCAUCCAAGCAGAGAGGCAAAUGCAGGCAGGUUCUCUCUCUCAUGAACAGCAUCAAGAUCUUCUGAAGCAACUGAGUCAGGUUUUUGACAUUCAGAGAACCAGGCAGAAACAAACCAGAGUGGACCCAAGAGUUGCUGCAAGAGAGGCAAGAGAGAAGAUAGCUCAAGAUGUGUGUGUUAGUUCGGUAAAGACCGAAUCUGCAGAUCUUCCGCUUUGUACGAGUGAAGAUGUCGAUCAUAGGACUACUGUUGAGAAGUCCUUGAUGGAUGUUGACAGGAGACAAACUGGAGGUGAUACAGACAUACGCAAAGAUACUUCUCUGGAUGUUGACAUCAGGAAAAGACCUACUUUUGAGGUUGAUCAGCAACCUCAGAGUGACAUUGAUAUCCGCAGACAACUUCUUUCAGACCUGGAUAACAGAAGGAAACAUGGUGACACAAAUGCAAGGAAGCCAGUGCCAAGUGACACUGAUACUCGAAAGAAGCUUCUUGCAGAUCUUGCAGAUAUCAAAAGGAAACAGUUCACAGACGUAGAUGCAAGGAAACCAAUUCCAGGUGACAUUGACAAUAGGCAGAUGAAGCAGGAACCUAUGGAUAUUGACAUUCGACAAAAAUUGCCAAGGAGGGAACCACAGACAAGAACCACUGAUGUAGAUGAGAGAAAAGGUCUUGCAGACAAAGAUACUUCUCAGGCAGAUGUUGAUGUUCGUCAGAAACCUGUAGCUGAUGUAGAUAUUCGCCAGCUGUCAGCAACUGAUUCAGACAUUCGUCAGAAACCAGCAGCUGAUGUUGAUAUUCGGCAGAAGCCAGCAGUUGAUAUUGAUACUCGGCAGAAGCCAGCAGUUGAUGUUGAUAUUCGUCAAAAACAAGCCACGGAUGUUGACAUUCGUAAGAAACCAGCAGCUGACGUUGACAUUCGUCAGAAACAAGCUGCUGAUGUCGACAUCCGUAAGAAACCAGCAGCUGAUACUGAUAUUCGUCAGAAACAAGUCGCUGAUGUUGACAUUCGUAAGAAACCAGCAGUUGAUGUAGAUAUUCGUCAGGAACAAGCUGCUGAUGUCGAUAUUCGUCAGAAACCAACAGCUGAUAUCAACAUUUGUCAGAAACCAGCAGUUGAUGUUGAUGCUCGUCAGAAAAAAACAGCCGAUAUCGACAUUCGUCAGAAAUCAGCAGUUGAUAUUGAUAAUCGUGCGAAACAACCAACUGAUGUUGAUACUAGAUCGAAAUCCAAACCUGAUGCACAGGAAAAACUACAGGCUGAGCAAUCUGCUGAUGUUAAUAUUCAUCAGAAACCUUCAAAUGAUGUGGACAUCAGACAAAAGCCACCUGUCAAGAUUGAGAAACCAUCUGAGCAGACUGUUGAGCAGCCAUGUGACACAGACAGUAGGCAGAAAUCACCAGAUAAAGUGAAUACUACAAAGCCUGCUGGUGAUGUUGAUGAUCGCCAGAAACCAGUCAAAGAUGCUUUAAUCAAAGUUGCACCAUCAAAGGAUUCUGAACCAAAUGCAGAUGUUGAUAUUCGAAAGAGAAAAGAGGGUGAUAAUGAUGUCCGUAAGACAUCUCUGAGGGAGGAUAGGAAACCGCAAAAUUUGGCUGCCAGUGCUGAACAGCCAGUCGACACCGACAUCAGGAAAAGGGCACCAAGGCAGCCUCUACUUCCAACUCCAGGUGACAUUGAUGCAAGGCCUCCUCCACUUUUAGAAUCUCCCAUAAAAAGACCUGGUCGAAUGGAUGUUGAUGAUCGAUCGAUGGCACAAAGGCAUCUAGAUAUGCACCCAAUGGAUGUUGAUGCAAGGCACAUGAGGCACAGCCCACCACGUAUUCCUCGUGAAGACUCUCACUUCAGACAUGGUGCUCCCGGUGAUUUUGGAGAUCGUGAUCUCCGACAAAGACCUUUGACAAAAGAUUUUGAUCACAGAGGCCCACCACAUGAUUUUGAUAACCGUGGCCCUCCUAGGAAUAUUGAUCACAGGGGACAUCCUCGGGAUAUGGAUCCUAGAGGGCCACCAAGAGACAUGGAUUCUCGUGGCCCACUGCUGAAUAUUGAUCCAAGAGGUCCUCCACGAGACAUGGAUCCGAGGGGUCCACCAAGAGACCUAGAUCCAAGAGGUCCUCCACGAGACAUGGAUCCGAGAGGUCCACCAAGAGAUCUAGAUCCAAGAGGUCCACCAAGAGACAUGGAUGCUAGAGGACUGCUACGAAACAUGGAUGCCAGAGGCCCACCACGCGACAUUGACCCAAGAGGCCCACCACGUGACAUUGAUCCUCGAGGCCCACCACGAGACAUUGACCCAAGAGGCCCACCACGAGACAUUGACCCGCGAGACAUUGACCCAAGAGGCCCACCACGAGACAUUGACCCAAGAGGCCCACCACGAGACAUUGACCCACGAGGCCCACCACGAGACAUUGACCCGCGAGGCCCACCACGAGACAUUGAUUCAAGAGGCCCACCACGAGACAUUGACCCGCGAGGUCCACCGCGAGACAUGGAUCCCAGGGACGCACCAUGUGAUAUUGAUACAAGGGCCCCCACGCGAGACAUAGAUACAAGGGGUCCACCCAUGGACAUAGAUACAAGGGGUCCACCAAUGGACAUAGAUCCCAGAGGUCCAAUGAGAAACUUUGAUGGUCGUGGCCCGCCAAGAGAUUUUGAUGUAAGAGGACCAGUGAGGGAAUUUGACCAACAAGGUCCACCAAGAGACUUUGAUCACAUUGGUCCACCUAAAGAUCUGGAUCAACGUGGACCACCCCAAGAUUUAGAUUUUCGUGGGCCACCAAGACCAAAUGAAAGACCAGAUAGGUUUGAUCCGAGGGAUGAUAUGCCACCACCAAGAGACUUUGAAAGAUCUCGAAAUCUUGAUCAAGACCUUAGAGGACCAAGAUCUGAUUUUGAUCAAAGAGGCCCUAGAUCUCGACCUGAAUUUGAUGACAGGGAUAGACCUGGAUCUAGACGUCACCAUGAUAACCGUCAAGGUCGAUAUUCCAGAAGAGAGGAUCGAGAAGACAAUUUCAGAGAUGGUCCAAAAGAUGAUCGUUUUCCUGAAAGAUGGGACAGGCGAGGCAGAGGUCCCAAUCAAGGUGGUUCACGUAGGCAUGAGUCAUACCAAGAUCCUCGUUGGCAAGCAAUGAAAGGAUUUCAACAACUUGAAGCUAGGGAGGAGUUUGUUAUUGAUGGCAGAGCUUUUGAGAUUAAAAUUGGAAACAAGCCAAGGAAACUGAAAAUGAAGGGAUCUUUCAUGGAAAUUUAUGCUGAUCCAAUUCAAAGAGCAGUACUGAUAAAUGGAAUAUUGUACUACAAGUUUGGAGAACCUAUAAAGCAAAUAGAAUUUGAUCAGAAAACAUACACUGUCUAUUUUAAUGGUUUGCCAAAGCCUGUUUGGCUAGAUGGUACUCAACAUGAACUAAGGAUUGAUGCCCCACCAAGAAAUAUUGUUAUUGAUGGUAAACCACGAGGAUUCCAAAUAGAUGGCAGAGACAUGAUGAUUCUUGUUGACCGACUGGAAAAGGGAACAUAUGGCGGACCUCCAAGACAACUUCUAAUUGAUAAUGUUAUUCAUGAGAUUAGGUUUGAUGCUCCACCUCGGCAGAUCUUGAUUGAUGGGCAAUCUUGUGACUUGAUCCUGGACAGAGCUAUUCCAGUUGUUAUAUACAGUGGAAAGCCUCACGGUAUAAGAUUUGAUGGUCCGCCAAGAGAAAUGAUCAUUGAUGACUACCGAUUUCUUGUACCGAUGGACAAUGCAGAAAAAGUUCGUAUCAAACAUAAACCACAUUAUUUGGCCUUUGGUGGUCCAGCUCAUGAAGUCAUCAUCAAUGGGAAAAGGUAUGAGAUUAAAUUUGAUAAUGUGCCAAGAGAAAUUGUGAUUGGACACACACCACAUGUUAUUCGUCUUGAAGGACCUACUCCAAAUGUGAAGAUAUUGGAUGAAGUACCAGUAGAAUAUGAAAAUGCCAUGGUGAAAUCAUUGGGUAUUCAUGGGCAUGCUCACAUGACCCCACAACCCCAACAGAUGCAAGGACCUGGUCCCAUGGGACCUCAGAAUUUUGGUCCAGGUGGUCCAAGGCCAAUGAUGCAAGAUGGUCCCCAGCCAAUGAUGCCAGGUCAACCAAUGAUGCCAGGUCAACAGAUGCCUCAGCCUGGGAUGGGACAACCUAUGCCAGGCAUGCAAGGUGGAAUGGUGAUGCAAGGUGGACCAAUGAUGAUGCAGAACCAGAUGAUUGGCGGCAUGCAGCCCAUGAUGGGAGGGAUGCAGAUGCAACAAGGACAGAUGAUGAUGGGCGGAGUUCAGCAGAUGCCAAUGCAACAGGGAGGCAUGUUUAUGCAGCAAGGUGCAGCAGUAGGCCAGGGUCUUGGAUUGCCCAGUGUCUUGAGCAACUUGUUGCCAGGAGCAGGUGGUAUGCAAGUUCCAGGUGCACAACCUGCUUCUGUAGAUGUUGGCUCACUCUUCCAAAAGCUGGUGGCUGCUGGUAUCAUACCCCAAGGAGAGAAGACUGAAGAUAAGCCAUCUGAAUCGGGCAGUGUCAAGAAAGAUGUUAAAGAGAAAUCUGACAAAAGGCAUGAGACGCACAAUAGACAUGACAAGCAUGACAGACAUGAGAAAAGUGACAGAAAGGAUCAUUCAAAGGUUUCACAACAGCGUGAGACUGACGAAAAGGUCCCAGAUAUUGUCCUGGCCAAGACAGACACAAUGAAAAAGUUCUACAAAGGCGUCAUACAAAAAAUCUAUCAUGGCAUCCAGUGCUCAUCAUGUGGCACUCGGUUCAGAAUGGAGGACACAGACAUGUACAGAGAGCAUCUUGACUGGCACUUUAGACAGAACAAGCGUGGGAAAGAUGAUACCAAAGUGGCCAGGAAUAGAAACUGGUACUAUAAAACCAAUGAUUGGAUUCAGUAUGAAGAGUUUGGAGAUCUCGAAGAAAAAGCUCACAGUCAGAUAUUUGACAAGAUGCUUCAAGGUCAAGGCCAGACAGUUCAGGAAACGGUUGGGCCUGGCUUUAACCCCCCACCAGGUGUUGACUUCAUUAGCUGCCCCCCUGCGACAGGCAAUGAACAGGAUGAUAUGUGCUGUAUUUGCCAUGAUCCGUUUGAGCAGUACUGGAAUGAGGAAGCUGAAGACUGGCAUUUGCGUGAUGCUGUCCGAGUUGACAAAAAGACAUAUCAUCCUGUUUGCUUCCAAGAUGCCAGAGAAGAGGGCACAAUCCUGGAACCGUCUCCCACUCCCACCACCACCUCUCUGGAAAACCCUCUUGUCCAACAGAUACAGGAGGUCACAGCCAACUCGUCCAAAUCACCACCAUCCCUCACCCCCACCCAGUCAAUACCAGUCUCCCUCCCGGUCACAACAGUCACACCCACCUCAGUCACGGUCAAAACUGAGCCAGUGAGCACGGAGGAAUCUGUGACAGAUGCCACUCAAGUGCCUUCUCAGCCAAUCAAAGAGGAGUCUGUUACAGCCUCUGUGAAUACACCAGGAGAAACCCCAGUUGUUGCAUCUGAAACUAGUACACCUGAAACUAGUACACCUGUAGCUACACCUGUAACUAGUACACCUGUAACUAGUACACCUACUGUUGUUAAGGAAGAGCCAACAGCGUAGGGUCCUUGUGUGCAAUAGUCUAUUUCUGGUGUCCCCUGUGAUAUUGAUGGAAUUUUGAUAAAAGUUCCAAAAAACUCUUCACUCACUCUCCCCUGUGCAAAUAGAUAUGAUGACAUACUUCACACCCAGACAGUAUAAUGUUUCAAGAUCUCACCUGAAACCAGGUUUAGUUAUCUCAGUACUCACCUGGAACUAGGUUCAAUCACCUCAGUUCUUUCACAACUGUCUACUGUAAAAAGUGAAUGUAUAUAUGUAGAUAUGUAAAACUCACAAUUGUACAUUGUGUAGAUGUGCUGAAGAAUGUGCUUAUCAGUCAGUCCAGAAGUAGUGCACGAAUCUUCUGUGCCCUACUGUAUAUUUGUACAAAGCUGGAUUGUCUAGAAUAGGGGUGUUUGUACAAAUCAACCUGUGUGUCAGAUAUCACCCCUUGUGAGUUUGGCUAGCUGUACAGCAGGUCUAUGCAAAAUAACAUUGGUGCAGAAAGUUAUGCGUGUUCAUGGAAUUGACCGAGGUCAGUGUGAAGGGCAUUUUUCUUUAGUGUAGUUUUGUCCUUCCAAAAUGUCUCAUAUAGUACUUGGAUAUAUUUUUCAUAGAUACAUGUGUGAGUGACAAACAAAGUUUAUGUAAUGUUUCUCUGCAUAUUUUUUGUCAAUUCUGUGAUGUUCAUACAAUACAUAAUGUGGAAGACAGACUAAACUGAUAUUGAAGACAUGGACUAAAAACAUACAUGUACAUAACCAACAUUAUAUUUUACUCUUCAUUCAUACAAAAUUCAUUAGGUUAUCAAAUUGUUUUAAGAAUAUUUUUCUUUUACUAUAGCAAGGCUCGAUUUAGUGCUUUGUUACUUGCACUUGUGCAACCCAAUAUAUUACAAAGUGCAAUCUAGCUAUUAGUCUAACUUGCACCAGGGGUGGGUAAACUUCUGAAUAAAACAUGAUUCAAUAGCAUAUUCUUUCAUGACAUAUUGUAGUAAAAGCAGUGCAACUGGAAUUUGGCAGGUGCAAUUAGGUUUUUAUUUUAGGUUCCACCUGGUGCAAGUAGGUUAACAUCUCUUAAAUCGAGCCCAGUAUAGGUAUUUUAUUCUUAGACUCAAACCAUCAUUUGGUUUGAAAAGUUCAGUAAUUAAUCUGGAUAACUUAUUUGCUUCUAUUUAUUUAACUGUGUACUUUUUUCAGAAUGAUUGUUUUACUUUUGAAACCAAAUUAUUGAAUAGUCAACUUUAUUUCAUAAAUUCAGGUCCACUAUAUAUCAUUAGUUCAUAGAGAGUGCUCAUGUGAAUGUUUGAAGGAUGAAAGAUGUUAUUCUGAAAUAUUCUAGUCACACACAUAACAUGACAGUGCUACAUGACUUAGAAUACACAUUCCAGUUCUACAUUACUAUUAUCUGCCAAUUUACUGGUGCAUCAUAAAGCAAUACCUACUUGCUCACAUAAGAGUUAUGUUAAUAUUUAACUUAUAUGUUUGCUGAGAAAUCAGCAUGACCAUUUCUUGGAACAUUACUGUAAGCAGACCUCAUUCUUUUUUUUAUUAAAGGUAUGAAUUAUUUUUGGGGGUUUUGAGCUCAACUAAUUUAAUCAAAAGUGAGAAUGUUUUGUAUUUUCAUAAUUUAUUUCAACUACUGAUAAGUGAUGGUCAGUAGUGUAUGUUCAUCAUUGUUGCAGUCUGUCUUUAUGAUGUGGCACAUUGAAUGAGAUGACUUUUAUUUUUUGUCUGAAUGAUAUGUCUAGCUCAAGAUAUGAAAUAAAUUUUGAGUUUACUAAA